AUGAGCGUACUUUUGGAGACCAAUGCUGGCAAUCUGGUGAUCGAUCUUUUCGUAGACAGCGCUCCCAACGAGUCCAGAACGUUCAUUGCGCUCUGCCUGAGCAAGUUCUACCACUACUCGCCUUUUGUGAACGUGCGAAAAAACUUCGCUGUCGACUCUGGAAACCCGUGCUUUCCAGACCCCCUUUCUGCUCCGCAGCCAGACAAUGACAUGAAUUAUACGCCGUCAUCUCAUCUCAGCCCCGAAAAACUUGGCCAGGUGUUCUUCACUUCCAAAGGAAACGAGUUCAGCCCGCAAUUCUCCAUCUGCCUUGGCCCUGUGACGGACAUCUCCGGCCAUGUCUUUGGAACCAUCGGUGAGGGUUUUACCACGCUGGAGUAUAUCAACGACUGCGUGCUCGACGAGACCGGCCGUCCGCUGAAGGACAUUCGGAUUCUGCACACUUUUGUUCUGGAUGACCCGUUCUCACUCCCUAUCGAAUCUCCUCCUAGUCCGUACCCGACGCAGAAACAAAUCGACUCUUUCAGACUCUUGCUGGACCAAAGCGCACUGGAAGACAUCAAGGCCGAGUCGCACGCCCUCACGCUGGAAGUGCUGGGCGAUCUACCGUCAGCGAAAAUCCAACCUAGCGAGAAAGUGCUAUUUAUUUGCAAGCUCAAUCCGGUCACAGCAGAGGACGACCUCCGCCUGAUUUUCCAGCGCUUUGGGGAAAUAACGUCGGUUGAAAUCAUUAGAGACAGACGUACCGGCCAUUCGCUGUGCUACGGGUUUAUUGAGUUCACAAACAAAUCUGCUGUUGAACGGGCAUACAAGAAAAUGGAAGGUGUAAUUAUUGACGAUAGAAAAGUGCAUGUCGACUUUUCGCAGAGCACGAAACGCAAACGAAACAGAGACGAUUUUAUAUAGUCACUUCUCGCCCAUCUUGCUCACCAUGUAGUCUUUGACAAACGGCACGUUGUUGAGUACGUUCACGCCGAAUGACCGCGCCAUCACAAUAGGAGCAAUGUCUGUAGAGUAUAUCUUGUGCAGCUUGUCCACGAUGCCGAGAAGAACGUGGUUGGCGGGGUACCGCUCGCUGAAAUACGGCUCUAGGGCCAAUUUGGUGCCAAUGUCUAGCCCGCGUUCCAUCGAUUUUUCCAGCACUGCCACCAGACUCUUCACGUCCGCCUGACCCAUGUUCAGACCCUGCCCGGCAAGCGGAUGGGUCGUGUGCGCGGCGUCUCCAACAAGCGCUACACGCUCCUCGACGUAGUUAUCUGCAUGGCUCAUUUUGAGCGGGAACUUGGCGCGCGACUUGGCCACAAUCGUGUCGAGCUCCAAGGGGUACUUCUCCGUCUCUUGUGGCCGCAACUUUUCAUUGAAAACGUUCAGUCUCCAAGUGAUCUCGCCGACAAGGUUUUCAGGGUCCUCGUGAGCCAUUUUGUACAAAACCCCGAGCUCCUCGACCGGCAGCUUCACGGCAGCAUUCACCAUGGCCAGAAACGCGUCAUCGUCCAGCUUCAGCAAAAUGUCGGCGUAUUCUGGUGUCGUCGACCACACCAAGCUUGUCCAGUUGUCUGGGAGCGGCAGCAGCGCCACAGGACCGCUUGGCAAAAAUCUCUGCCACCCUGUAGGGUGUCUGAACUCACCGUCUUUAAAUUUGAGAGUAGCAACUAUACCCCACCGGUUAUACGGCCAGCCACGGCUCUCAAUCUGCGCAAAUUUCCGCACUGGCGAGUUGUAGCCGUCGCAACCGACAAGAAGCCGUGCUUUGAGGGACUCGCCGCUGGACAGCUGCAACACAGGCCAUCCAUUAAUCUCGUCGCUUGUGAUGUUCUCGACCUUGGUGUUGUCCAUAAUGGCCGUUUCCUCGUUCAAUUCCUCAAUCCGUGCCAGCAAUGCAGACUGGAGAUUGAGAGUCUCACACAUGGUGGCCAGCGAUGGGCCGUCGAAGUCGAUCUGGGCUCCCGAGACCCCGUCCCAUGCAACAAUGUUGUCGUAGCUCUCGACACGGCCCUCUUUGAUAUGUUUCCAGACACCAAUGUCUGACAAAUAGGAGAUUGUGGCAGGCGUGAGCGAAACAACCCUGUUGGUGAAGUUGGAGGGCGGGCGCUCGUGAAAGCUCUUGAGUGGUCCGAUAAGGUUCCCUCCUUCCACGAGCCUGCAAUUGAGCGACGACAAGAUGGGCGAAUUUUUAACAGCCGCUGCGAGCGUGAGUCCUGCGGGACCACCGCCAAUAAUCACAAUAUCGGCCAAUUGCGUCCGUGCAGUUG